AUGUUGCCUCCCCCAGUUGACGAGCUUGCGAAAAUGAUUGAUCAUUCCAUCAUCGAUUCCUUCCAUACGGAGAAAGACCUUCUUGACGGAGUUAAACUUGCAAAGGAAUACAAGACUGGUCAAUUUCUGACUCAACCUUUCCGAGUGAAGCAGGCCCGCAGUCUUCUUGCUGGGAGUGACAUUAAAUUACAAACAUUUAUUGGAUAUCGACAUGGAAGUGAUCAUACUGCGGUAAAAGUCUUGGAAGCAAAAUUAGCUUUUGAGGAUGGAGUUCAGGAGUUAGACAUGGUGGUCAACUUAUCCGCACUUCUGAGUGGUGACAUUGAAUACGUUGAGAAGGACAUUCGCGCCGUGGUUGAGACAGCAAAGCCAUAUGGAGUUAUCAUCAAAGCUAUAGUGGAGGUUUUCUUUCUCAAUGAUGACCAGCUCAAAGCUGUAGCAUUAGCUGCUGAGCGUGUUGGCGUGGGUUUCAUCAAGACAUCCACUGGUACUCGACCUGAUAAAGUACCAGAUGUUGAGCACUCUUUGAAACUUUUUCGGUCCAUUCUUAAGCCAGAGACUAUAAUCAAAGCAUCUGGUGGCUGUUACACGAUCGAAGCUAUUCUCACAUACUACAAGGCUGGGGCUAGGAGAUUCGGCGCAUCCAAAACUGGAACAAUUCUAGACGGAUACGGUGCCAUAUCAGAUCAAAUUUGA